CCUUGUUAUACUUUCCCCCAUCGAUCUCGCUCUGACCAUCUUCUUUUUUAUAUAACACAAAAAUAAAAACCUCUCUACUCAAAUCAACACAUACAUACCUCUCACAUCACAUGGCAGAGAACGGUGAAGAAAAGCUACUCGCCGUCGCGCGUCACAUAGCCAAAACCCUCGGCCACAACGAAUCCAUGGCCGACGACAUCUUACAGAUCUUCUCAACCUUCGACGGUAGAUUCUCCCGUGAGAAUCUCUCCUCCGAAGGCCAAGAAGAAGACGGAUCAACCGUCUCGGUACUCGAGCGAACUCUCAACUCGCUAGACUCUCAGAUCUCCCGCUUCGUCGCCUCCGAUCACCCAAUCUGGGCCGAUCCCGCCGACUCAGCCUCCUUCCUCGACUCCAUCGACGAGCUCGUGAACGUCACCAGAGAGUGGUCCCACCUCGCCAGCGAGAAGCCCGUCGCCGCGUGCCUCUCACGCGCCGACGAGAUGCUCCAGCAAGCCAUGUUCCGGCUAGAGGAAGAGUUCAGGUCGCUUAUGGAGCGCGGCGCCGAGUCCUUCUCCGUGAACCACCGUUUCCACUCCGAUUCCGAGGAGGAGGAGGAGGGAGAUGAUGGCUACGGCGACAACGGCGGCGACGUCCAGAUCCCGGUGGCGAAGCCGUUAACAGACUACGACCUAAUAAUCGACGCGCUUCCUUCGGCGACGAUCAACGACCUCCACGAGAUGGCGAAACGCAUGCUCGGCGCGGGGUACGGUAAGUCGUGCUCGCACGUGUACAGCACGUGCAGGAGAGAGUUUCUCGAGGAGAACCUUUCGAGGUUAGGGCUACGUAAGCUCAGCAUCGAAGAAGUUCACAAGAUGCCGUGGCAUGAGCUCGAGGACGAGAUCGAGCGUUGGAUCAAAGCCGCGAACGUCUCUCUACGCAUCCUCUUCCCUAGCGAGCGGCGUUUAUGCGAUCGCGUCUUCUUCGGCUUCGCUUCCGCUGCUGAUCUUUCCUUCAUGGAGGUCUGUCGCGGCUCCACCGUUCAGCUUCUCAACUUCGCCGACGCGGUUGCUAUAGGCAGCCGGUCGCCUGAGAGGCUGUUCAAGGUGCUCGACGUGUUCGAGACGAUGAGGGAUCUGAUGGGGGAGUUCGAGUCUGUGUUCUCGGAUCAGUUUUGUUUGGUGCUUAGAAACGAAGCUGUGACUAUCUGGAAGAGGUUGGGAGAGGCGGUCAGAGGGAUUUUCAUGGAGCUUGAGAAUCUGAUAAGGCGUGAUCCGGCGAAAGCUGCUGUUCCGGGUGGUGGUCUGCAUCCGAUCACUCGUUAUGUGAUGAACUACCUCCGAGCCGCGUGUAGGUCGAGGGAGACGUUGGAGCAAGUGUUUGAAGAAAGUAAUAACGGUGUGCCGUCUAAAGAUUCUACGCUGUUGACUGUGCAGAUGUCUUGGAUCAUGGAGCUUUUGGAGAGUAACCUGGAGGUUAAAUCGAAAGUGUAUAAAGAUCCAGCCUUGUGCUAUGUGUUUCUGAUGAACAACGGGAGGUACAUUGUUCAGAAGGUGAAGGACGGUGAGCUAGGGUUGCUUUUAGGAGAGGACUGGAUCAGGAAACACAAUGCGAAAGUAAGACAGUAUCACUCGAGUUAUCAGAGAAGCGCGUGGAAUAAGAUGCUGGGGUUGCUGAAGGUGGACAACACAGCUGCGGGGAUGAAUGGGUUAGGGAAAACCAUGAAGGAGAAGCUGAAGCAGUUCAAUAGUCAGUUCGAUGAGACGUGUAAAGUGCAUUCGACGUGGGUUGUGUUCGACGAGCAGCUCAGAGAGGAGCUGAGAAUCUCACUGGCGAGGCUGCUGUUGCCGGCGUACGGGAAUUUCAUAGGGAGGUUUCAGAACCUUGGAGAUUUAGGGAAAGGGAAAAACGCCGACAAGUACAUCAAGUUUGGAGUUGAGGACAUAGAGGCGCGUAUCAACGAGCUGUUUAAAGGGUCUACGGGUGCAAGAAAAUGAAGGUGAGUUUGUAAAAUGUUUGUAACGGAACCAUCUGCUAAUGACCAAUUGCGAAGCCUUGCACGGUGGGAUUUGUAAAAUGUAUUGUUUUAGACUAUUAGCUUAGCUCUAUUGUGUUGUGUUAUGAUGUUGUAUUGUACUAAAUCAGAGGUUUUUUUAUUGUAAAAAGAAGAAACAAGAAUGACGUGUAUCUCACUC